AUGCCGGAAAAGGACGUCCGAAAGGCAAUCGACCGGCUGAAGCUCAAGGAGAUUGCGCUCGCCGCGUCCAAAGCCAAGGACCAGCGCCUUCUCGUCGCCACCAACGGGUCCAAGUGCCAGAGGUUGAAGAUUCCCAAGCUGGACGAUGCCCCGAGGGCGGGGACCAAGGACUCAGGGCGCUGCACACUCGUCCUGACCGAGGGAGACUCCGCCAAGACCUUCGUGACCGCCGGCGGCAAGCUCCUGAACGUGACGGACGCGUCCGCACAGAAGCUAGCUGACAACAAGGAGAUCGGACACCUGAAGCAGAUCCUCGGCCUGAAGCACUUCUUCAAGUACACGGACCUGAAUCAGCUCAGAUACGGGAGGGUGCUGAUCGCAUCGGACGCCGACGUGGACGGGAUUCACAUAAGGGGGCUCAUCAUCCACUUCAUCAACACGUUCUGGCCUGAGCUCCUGACGCUGGGACUCGUCUGGACUCUGGACACUCCCGUGAUCAAGGCGUUCCCGAGAGGCCGGGUACGCGAGGCGAUCUCGUUCUACACGGAGGAGCAAUUCGAAACAUGGAGGGCACGAGAAGGGCGAUCGGGUUGGACUGUGAAGUAUUACAAGGGUCUCGGCACGCACACAUCCAGCGAGGCGAAGGUCAUCUUCCAGACCAUGAAGACCAGCCGUUUCGUGGCAGACCCUGAGGCUCAGAGCAGCAUGAGGCUGGCGUUCUCCAACAAGAUGACGGCGGAGCGGCAGCAGUGGAUGGUCGACGCCACCUGCAACGCUCCCUCCGAACCCGCCGGCCCGGAUGUGAAGCUGACAGACUUUGUCUACGGGCCUCUGGCUCUCUUCGGGCUGGCCGCGAUCAAGCGCCACAUCCCCAGCGUGUUCGACGGUCUGAAGCCGUCCCAGCGCAAGAUCCUCUUCACGCUCCUCCAGGCAGGCGAACAGAGUUUUACGAAAGAGAUCAAGGUGGCGCAACUGGCGGCGCAGGUCGCUCUGAAGACGAGCUACCGGCACGGCGAGACCUCGUUGGCGAGCGCGAUCGUGAAGAUGGCGCAAGAUUUCGUGGGAUCCACCAACCUCAACAUCCUCGAACCGAUGGGGCAGUUCGGGACGCGCCUGCAAGGCGGGCAGGAUGCGGCGAGCGCCAGGUACAUCUACACCAGGCUGACGCCGAUCAUGAAGCACGUCUUCGACGCGAGGGACGCGUCGCUCUUGAGGAGGCUCGAAGAGGAGGGAGAGAAGGUGGAGGUCGAGUACUACGCUCCGGUCAUUCCGAUGGCCCUGGUCUCGGGCUGCAACGGAGUUGGCUAUGGCUUCUCCACCAGGAUCCUGCCUCGCGAGCCCGCGGCGGUCGUCGCAAACCUCAAGGCCAUGCUGAGAGGGGGACCCCCCUCCUCUCUUCCCCCGUAUUGGAACUCGUUCAAGGGCUCGGUGGAAGAGAAGGGCCCAGGAAUGUACGCCGUGAAAGGCACCUUCCGGCGAAAGACACCCCGAGUCCUGGUGGUCGACGAACUGCCUGUGGGAUAUUGGACGGACGAUUACAAGGAGUUUCUGGAGUCUGGCAAGGUGAAGAACUUGAGGGACGUCUUCAACCUCUCCACGGAGGACACAGUGCACUUUGAACUGACGUUUGAGAGCGAGGCAGACCUGGAGGCUCUGCUGGGAUCCGAAGACCCGCACAAGCUCUUGGACCUCUCUCGAUCUUUCAGCGACAAGAACAUAUGCGCGUUUGAUACUAGGGGAAUCAUCCGCAAGUACGAGACGGUCGACGACAUGUUGGAGGAGUACUACGGCGCUCGACUAGAGCUCUACAAGAGGCGCAAGGAGCACCUCCUCGCUGAGGCCGAGGAGCGACUGAAGAACCUGCAGCAGCGUCGUGUGUUCGUGAGAGCGGUGGUGCACGGGAGGUUGAUCAUAGCGAGGCGGGAACAGAGCGACGUGCUCCGAGACAUUGUGGAGACCGUGGAACCGACGCCGUCUGCCGAUCAGGCCAAGGACCUGAUGGGCAUGCGGCUGACCAUGCUGACGAACGAGAGGCUGAGGGAAGUAGAGGCAUCCUUGGAAGACGUGCAGAGAGAGAUCGCUGACCUGCGUAGCAACGAUGAGAAGACGCUGUGGCUGGCUGACCUGAAUGAGCUGAUUAAAUUUCUGUAA